UCGUCAAAUGCCCCCUGGUGAAGGGGAAGAAGAGAAGAGCUUCAAACCCUACAUUCAUUGAAGAAAUCAUCCUUUCUCUCCUUUUGUUGUUCUUUUCCUAGGGUUGUUUUUUGAGCGUUUUGGAGAUUUAAGCGACCCAUGAUUCAUGGAUUGGUGAAGGUUGGGUAUCAACCUCUCCAUUGUUUUGUACAAAAGAAAAUUGGACUUUCGGUUAAUGUUUCUCUUGAACCAGACAAUCUUCCAUCAACUGAGAAAUUUCGCAAGUAUAAGCAAAAUGUUGAUCUUCCACCAAUAUUACCGAAAAACAAAAAGAAACCUUAUCCUAUUCCAGUCAAAAAGAUGUUAAGGGCUUCUAGGGAGGACAAAAAGGCUAGCAGAAUUGGGGAUAAAAAGCCACUUGAGCCACCAAAGAAUGGAUUACUGGUCCCUGAGCUAAUUCCUGUUGCUUAUGAGGUAAUAGAAUAUUGGAAGGUGCUGAUUAGAGGUGUGGCACGGCUUCUGACUGUUGUCCCUGUCUAUGGUUGUAGCAAGUGUUCCGAUGUCCAUGUUGGUCCUGCUGGCCACCAGAUCCAGAAUUGCUAUGGCUCUGGAAAUUCCCAACGCAGAAGUUAUCAUUCAUGGGUCAGAGGCUCCAUAAAUGAUGUUCUUGUUCCCAUUGAAUCAUACCAUCUCUUUGAUCCUUUUGGCCGCCGCAUAAAACAUGAGACACGGUUCAACUAUGACCGGAUACCAGCAGUUAUUGAACUUUGUAUCCAAGCUGGGGUUGAUUUACCACAAUACCCCUCACGUAGAAGAACCAAGCCCAUUCGUAUGCUUGGAAAGAAAGUGGUUGAUAUAGGUGGUUAUAUGGAGGAUCCAAAGCCAUGCCAAUCAGAAGAUGCCAUGGCCCUGCUAGCAGAACUCGAUACAUAUGGAGCUCAUAAUGUUCGGCCACCCUUGUCAGAAAAUGAGAAAAGAAAACUUGCAGAGACAACCAUCAAAGCGUAUAGCACAGUCAGACGGGGUGUAAGACAGUUGAUGCGGAAGUACACUGUGAAGGCUUGUGGGUAUUGCACAGAGGUUCAUGUAGGGCCGUGGGGACACAAUGCCAAGCUCUGUGGUGCAUUCAAGCACCAGUGGAGGGAUGGGAAGCAUGGAUGGCAAGAUGCUACGCUCGAUGAAGUGAUUCCUCCUAAUUACGUGUGGCAUGUACAGGACCCCAAAGGCCCGCCAUUGACAAGCAAGCUAAAAAAAUUCUACGGUAAAGCACCAGCGGUGGUGGAGCUAUGUGUGCAGGCAGGUGCACAGAUACCUGAUGCUUACAGGCCGAUGAUGCGGAUUGACAUUGUGGUUCCAGACUCAGAAGAAGCAAAACUAGUAGCAUAAGGUCUUUCACUGAGACUUAUACUCACUCGCUUGUCUUAUAAUGUCAAAAUUGUUGAAACUUGUUAUCCUUGAUAUUUUGGCUAAUUAUAUGAUUUUAUUUCAUA